AUGGCCACAGAAGCCCCGCGCAAAUGCUCAGGCAAUGACUGCGAGAACGAUGCCGGCUCGCUGCAAUGUCCAAACUGCCAGAAGAUAGGAAAAGAAAGCUACUUCUGCUCGCAAGACUGCUUUAAGCGCAACUGGAGUGAGCACAAGAAGGUCCACAAGUCACAAAGUAGUAUUCUCCAAAACAUCUUUACGCCGAAAGUAGUUUCUCACCCGGAUCCAGCUACGGGUCACUACAACCCAUUUCCCACGUACUCGUACACCGGCGCUCUUAGACCCGUAUACCCGCUCUCGCCGCGCCGCGAAGUCCCCAAGCACAUCAAACACCCAGACUACGCCAAAGAUGGCAUACCGCGUUCGGAGCAGGUGUUUGUCAACAGGAACAAGAUCACAAUCCUGAACAAGGAGGAGCAAGAUGCGAUGCGCAAGGUGUGCCGUUACGGCCGAGAGAUCCUGGAUAUUGCAGGAAGAGCGGCAAAGCCUGGAGUUACUACUGAUUACAUCGAUGAGAUUGUUCACAAGGCUACCAUCGAGCGCGACUCCUACCCGUCACCCCUCAACUACUGCCACUUCCCGAAAUCCGUAUGCACAUCGCUAAACGAGGUCAUCUGCCACGGCAUCCCCGACCAGCGCGUGCUCAAAGAUGGCGAUAUCUUGAACGUUGACAUCUCUGUCUACCACGGCGGUUUCCACGCGGAUCUAAACGAAACAUUCUACAUCGGAGACAAGGCUCUGGCCAACCCGGACGCGGUACGGGUAACGGAGACUGCACGAGAGUGCUUGGACAAAGCUAUCGAGAUUGUUAAGCCGGGCACACUCUUCCGUGAGUACGGAAACGUCAUCGAAAAGCACGCAAAGAGCAAGAACUGCAGCGUAAUCAGGACGUACUGCGGGCACGGUGUCAACCAGCUCUUCCAUUGCGCGCCCAACGUUCCUCAUUACGCGAAGAACAAGGCAGUUGGAUCGGCAAAGCCUGGCAUGUGCUUCACUAUCGAGCCCAUGAUCAGUGUUGGUUCGCACAGGGACAAGACUUGGCCUGAUGAGUGGACAAGUGUGACCCAAGAUGGCUCUCUGACUGCGCAAUUUGAACACACCCUACUCGUGACCGAGGAUGGCGUAGAGGUUUUGACUGCGCGACUACCAGACUCGCCCGGCGGUCCAGUACAGAUGCCGGGAACCACAAACGGAGAGACGAAUGGCGAAGCGAAAGCAGCUGCUUAG